AUGGGUCUAUUGCAAGUGCCAGAUGCGAACUGGAACAAAAUAUGCGUGGAAUACUCUUGGAAACUUCUAGCCAUGUUCCUUGCCGGACAUCCUAACCACCAGCUGGUCUUCAUGUGUCUGUGGCAGAUCGAACCGACCUAUCUGACUGAUGCCUUCUGCGACUUCUAUGAGGAAAAUCCUCUCAAUAUCUUGAGGAUCCUGGACGUAGCUCAGGACCUCAAGAUUCUGGAGAGCUUGCUCGAUGUUCGGCUCUUUACAUUUGCCCUGGAUGUCGCUUCGCUGGCAUCACACCGAGAGUACCUGAACCUCGACAAGUGGUUGGCUGAUAACUUUCUACGCGCUAUGGUUGCAUUUUUGGAAGUCAAAAUAGAGAGCGAGAAGGUGGCAAGAAUGUCAGACCCCACCAUCAACAGUCGUACGCUGUCCCUAAAUCCCAACACUAUCGCCAUAUUCCUACGGGGACUUAGUCAGACUAUUGGAAUAAUUCGGGACUUAGUCAGACUAACUCGAGACUUUGUCCCCGAGUUAGUCUGA